AUGGUCAAGGUCAACUCCGUCGUCUCCCUCCUGGCUCUGGGCUCCGGUGCCCUCGCCUUUGAGCGCAAUGCUCAGCGUGGCCUCGUUGACGAGUUCGUCACUUGCACCACCGUGCUGGGCCCCAAGUCAACCAACCACGUCCCGACGAACUGGCACUACACGACCAAGACCCUGACUUACACCGAGAAGGUCACGGUCACUCCUCACCCGACCGUCACGCCGACUAAGACGGCGACCAAGACCUUUACCAAGACCCUCUCCAAGACGGUUUCGGAGCCCACUCCUACAGAUGUCGCUUCUACCACCCUCACGAGGACUCGCUACGCCACUGCGACAAAUGUUGUUACUCAGACAGACAUCACAUCUGUCACCACCACCAUUAUAACUACGCCAACCACCACCAUCCCUGCCCCCGCAGACUUCACUCCUGUCUCCCAGAACCAGGACUACGUCGCCAAGGUCAAGGCCCGCAGCGCCAAGAACCUCCUCGAGCGAGGCAAGGAGGUCGUUCAAUGCAAGAAGAACCCCAAGGGCGGCCACUCUUUCGUCCCUCCUCUGUACCCCCAGUCCGUCACCUGCAACAAGCUCGUUGAGCCCGUUGUCUACAAGCGUGUCACUAUCACCGCCAAGCCUCACACCGUGACUGCUGUCCCCAAGACCAAGACGGUCAGCACUACCGUCACCAAGACUCACACCGACACCAUCUGGCCCGCCGAUGUUACCAGCACGAUUACUUUCGGCACAUCGGUUACUGUCACCUCAACCAUCGAUUCCACUACCACCAACUACAUCACCGCCUCCAACACCGUUUCUGCUGUGGCUCCCGAGGAGACCUUCAACGCAGUCUGCGGCUCUGACAACAUCAUUAGCUCUGCAAACGGUGGCCGUGAUAUUUCCAUCCAGGCCGCCUCACCAGACUACUUGUCCCUUGUCUCUGCCGCAGACUCCUACUCGUGCUGCUUGGCCUGCUUCAACACCGCGGCCUGCCGAGGCUCUUUCUUCUACCCCGGCGGUUGCUACCUGGUCGUGGACCGUGACGGUGUCUGCCAUGCGAACCAGUACCAGGCUGGAUCCGGAUACUUCAAUGAGCAAGGAACCACUGGUUCAGUUAGCAACGGCCCAUGCGGCCUGCUGUCUAACCUGGGUAACCACAACAGCAUCGUCUAUUAA